AUGUCUAAGUUUUGCAAGUUCCACAAGGAUCACGGGCAUGACACAGUGGAGUGCAUUCAGCUGAGAAAUGAAAUUGAAGCCCUAAUAAAAAGGGGAUACCUAUCAAGGUUUAUCAAAAAAGAAGAUCCACCGAGGGAACCUCGUGAUCAAAAGAGACCCAACGCAAACGGCAAGGAAGAACAAGUCAUAGGGGAAAUUGCAAUGAUCUUCGGAGGAUCUGCUAGUGGAGGAAACAGCGGAAACGCUCGCAAAAGGUACACGAAACAGGUGCUCUCGGUGGAAAAAGGGGAACCAAAUAGCAAAAGAAACAGACAAGGUGAAGAUAUCAUCUUCGACAGCCGAGAUGAAGAAGGGGUACAACAACCGCAUGAUGACGCAUUGGUACUCUCCUUGUUGGUGGCGAACUACAAAGUCAGGUGCGUAUUAAUAGAUAAUGGGAGCUCGGAAAACAUUAUGUUUUGGUCAGUACUAGAAAGGAUGAAAAUUGGAAACGAAAGACUCAAACCAAUCACAACCCCCCUGGUUGGGUUUGGUGGAGAUGUGGUUCAUCCCAUAGGGACAAUCACGCUACCUGUGACCAUGGGGACAACCCCACAGCUAGUUACUUCAUUGACAGAGUUCUUGGUGGUUGAUCGGCCUUCGGUAUACAAUAUCAUAUUGGGCCACCCUUUUCUUAAUGCAGUUCGAGCCGUAACAUCAACGUACCACCUCAUGAUAAAAUUCCCUACACCACACAGGACAGGGGAGGUCAGUGGAGAUCAAGCAGCAGCUCGGAACUGCUACGUUGUGGCCCUAAAAGGAAAAAUGGAGGUAAGAGAAACCCUAACUGUGGAAGUUCUAGAGGUAAGGGGAGAAUAUCCUCAAAUCAGCACAGUAGAUGAAGAUAUUUCCCGCGUACCCUUACUUGACCACUAG